UACAACUAUCGUUCGUUGAUUGAAAGUAGCGCAACUUACACUCUGCUACAAAAAAUUCAUUAAAUUUAGUUUCUGAAAACUUUGUUAUUAUGGAUGAACAUUUUACUUAAUGAAAAUAAUAACAAGUAUAGUUGGUUGCAUAACAUUAUAAUAAAGUUACCUUAAAUCAGAAAAAAAAUUUCUUAUAAACAUACACUGUUUUAAAGAUUCUUUAAAACUAUCGCACAAUGUUGAAUCUGACCAUCAUAUAACGAAGGCUUUUCGCGCUACCUCGCGACGGUCACACCGCUGCUGGUGUUUUUGUUUUGGGAAUUCCAAAACGUCGCAGUUGACGAUGAGCGAUAAUAACAACGCGUUGGCCAUCAAGGAAGACGUUUUCGGCAUGGAGCACGACCAGGACCACAGCAGCAAGCACUACUCGCGGUGCAGCAGUGCGGGCAGCACGCACACUCCGAACUCCUCGGCGCACAAUUCAGACGACGACGACGAUAGCGGCGAUGCGCGCCAUUCCACUGCCGCCAAUUCUACGCUGAGUUACAAGGAGCGGAGAAGGGAGGCGCACACCCAGGCGGAGCAGAAGCGGCGCGAUGCCAUCAAGAAGGGCUACGACAGCCUGCAGGAGCUGGUGCCGCGCUGCCAGCCCAACGACUCCUCCGGCUACAAGCUCAGCAAGGCCCUGAUCCUGCAGAAGUCCAUCGAGUACAUUGGCUACCUUAACCAGCAGAAGCUCAAGCAGGAGGACGAGGGAUCGGCGCUACAGAAGGAGGUAACAGCGUUGCGGAUCAUUAAGAACGGCUACGAGAACAUGCUGCAGCAUCAGCAGGCGAAUCCAGGACCAGAGGAGGCACGCCUCACCGACGAGGCCAAGUUUCAAGUGUUCCAGGCCAUCAUGGAGGAAAUGUUCGAGACAUUUCAGCACAUACCCAUGGAGAACUUUAAGCAGCUGACCACCGGCAUUAUCCCCUGGCUGGAGGAGCACUGCAAGCCGCACAUACUGCGCAACAUACUCAGUCGCACCUUGCAGCAAAUGGCGCAGGAGGCUAUGGAAAAACAGGAACUGCAGGCCAUGGAGCAGGAGUCGAGCGAGGGCUUCAGCUGAUCGCGCGGUUAGUUCAUUUUCUCAUUUGUUAAUUUAGAAAUCCCUGUUUGGUAGAUAUUUUCGUUACGUUUACUGCGUACAAACAUUAAAUGCGUCAUUUGAAUAGUUGUAAAAGCGUUGACAAGGAAAGAUAA